AUGCCCCUCUCCACCCACGAACACGGCACUGGCCUCCCCAUCCUCAUCCUCCACGGCUGGCAACUCUCCGGCCACGUCGACGAACUCGACUUCGAGCCCAUCUUCAGCACCAUCCCCACCCCCAACCUGCAUCGGAUCUACAUCGACCUACCAGGCAUGGGCCACACCCCGGCCCACAACAUCCACAACCUCGACGACAUCUACCACCAGCUCGUGGAAUUCAUCGACUCUCGGUUCGGGAAGGCCAGAUUCUUAAUCAUCGGUUCCUCAUGCGGCGGAUAUCUCGCCCGCGCACUAGCCCAGAAAUACAUCGACCAGGUGGACGGGUUACUCUUACGAGUGCCGCUGAUUGAACCGGCGGAUAGCCUCCGAGAUGUAGAUGUGUUGACACCCUUAAUUCAGAACAAGGAGGUCAUCUCAGAGCUAUCAGAUCAUGACAAAUCCCUGUUGGGGAAUAUACCAAUCCAAACACCAUCCUACAUCCAAGCCCUGAAAACCAAAUACGAGGAGGCGUACAUCCCCGCUGAGACCCUCUCCGAUGCGAAAGUACUCGAUCCCAUCCGGGGUGAUCCGACUCGGUAUCGACUCUCGUUUGACGUGGAUGAGAUGGAGAAAGCGGGGAAGUUUCCCGCUCCGACGCUCAUUGUCUGUGGGCGGCAGGAUGGAGUGGUCGGGUAUCGGGAUGGUUUGCGGUUGGUGGAGCGGUAUUCGAGAGCGACGUUUGUGGUGCUGGAUCGGGGGACGCAUGGGGUGCCGGUGGAUGGGCAGGAGAGGGGGGUGUUUGGGGCGUUGCUAUCAUCAUACACCACAUAUUAG